AUGGCAGACAGUCGGCAGCCGGAGGACGGCGCCCCGCAGUGGGACCCGUCAGGAGGGCAGGACCCCGCAGGCACCCACGGCGCCAACGGCUACCCGGCCUCCGCCUACAGGGCCUGCCAGCCCGGGGGCGCGCACGUGGCCGCCGCCCCCUACGCCUCCGCCAGGGAGAACGGCUUCAACGGGGACCUGAGCGGGGCCCACGCUGUCACUGCAGAGCAAGUGUCAGCGCGGAUCGUGCAGGAAGUGACGGCCGAGGCGGUGGCAGUGCUGAAGGGGGAACAGGAGACUCACGCAGACACGGCCAAGAGGCUGCCAUCAGUGGAAGACACCACCAACCUGCCCCCCUCCCCUCCCCCCUCGCCGGCUGCAGAGCACUUCGGCCCGCUGGAACGAGAUGUAGGGGAUGAGGAGGAGGCGGGCCCUCUCCGCCGCUUCCAAAAUUCUCGGGAGAGGUGCAAGUUCCUCGCCCCCUCCAUCUCAGUUUCCGUGCCCGAGGACGACCCGUACCACUCCGACGAGGAGUACUAUGAGCACCCCUUGUUCAGCCCAGAGUGGACGCACUCGGGCUCUCGCCCCACGGGGCAGGCCGUGGCCUUUAGACAGAUCGAAGAAGAGGCCAUCGAGGCCCUUACAGCCGACUACGAGGAGGAGGUGGAGGUGGAAGAGGAGGAGGAGGAGGAGGAGGACAGUGCAGAGGCAGCAGAGUCCGAGGCAGCUCUUGACGAGCAGCAGUGGAGCGGGGAGGAGCCCGAGCUGGACAGCCCCCCAGCCGAGCCUUUAGAGCAGGCAGAGGCCAUAGGCGAGGCCCAGGCUCCGGCCCAGGCAGCUAGUGCUGGCACUGAAAGCCCAAAGGAGAGAGAGGAGGAGGAGGAGGGGGAGGAAGCAGAGGGUGAGGAGAGCCCUGAAGAAGCUUUGAAGAUGGACUCGGACAAACAAGGCAGUGAGAGAAGCGGUUCCAUGAGCCCAGACAGCAUCGGGUCGGAGAAACGUCCGGAGGAGUCGUUCGAGCCACAGAUGCAGGGCUUCUUUGCCGGAGAGCGAGUCGUGCCGGAGAGCCCCACCAUGGAUAUGCCCUCUUUUGUUCCUCCGAAUGUCCAAAACCAAGCCAAAGAACCUGCCAGGUCACUUACCCUUCAGCCUACGUACGGUGAGCCCAUCACGGUGUCUGAAAAGCAGCCUUCAGUUGAAGUCGUAGAGUUCAGCAGCAUCACUGCCCCGUCCGAUUUCUCCACAAUGGGAGUCAAGGUCCAAGGAGGAGACUCAACAAGAGAGGCAGGAGACAAAUCUGGCAUGUCGGCGUAUUUCGAAACCUCAGCCAUGGAGGUCGAUGAUGCUCCGCAGUAUAGGGCUGAAGGUUAUUAUGAACUAAGCAGAGCUGGUGAAGAGAAAGGCACAGAUGAUCCAAUGCCUCAGGAAAUGAGCUACAGCACACUGGCACAGGCUCAGGACAAACCAGAAAAUAAUAAAAGUCCAGCAGAUGACCCCAGGGUGUUCACAGUUCCUGACAGGAGUAAUGAGUGCAGGCUUUCCCCGGGUAAACUGGCCUUAGAGCAGAGAAGUUACUCACUCAACAUCACCAUCGGAGCCAUGGAUCCAAGUGGCCAAGGCAAACCUAGAAAUUUCACCCCUCUGGCCACAGAUAUUAUGUCGUACACGAGUGGAAGUCUAGAUGAGUCAGCAGACUACCUCCCGGUCACUACUCCCUCUGUGGAGAAGUCUCCACCGUUUCCUCCCCUGAUUCUUGAAACCGCAGCCUCUGUCACCUCAGAUUCCUCAUCUCCGCCACAGACCACUGACCCCACCACCAAAACCAGCCCUCAACCAGAAUCUCCUGAAUCCCCCCAACCCCUUUCGUACACCUACAAAAAUGGCACAGUGAUGGCACCAGAUCUGCCCGAGAUGCUGGACCUUGCCGGGACCCGCUCCAGGCUGGCGUCAGAGAACACCGACCCGGAAAUCACCCGGAGGAAGUCGGUUCCUUCUGAUGUUCCUUCCCCCACAGGUGACCCGAUGGCUAACCUGGCUUCGGGUGCACAGAGUCCUGCCGCCAAUAAGAGUGACAGUCAGCUGGAAGAGAUGGGCUAUUGUGUGUUCAGUGAAUAUUCAGGGCCCAUGCCAUCCCCUGCUGAUGUCCUCAGCCCUGUAGACUCUUCUGCGCAGGUCUUCGCCCCCUCCGUCCUGGAGGAGAAAGUGGCUGAACAGGCCAGGAAAUUAGCCGUCCGCGACACAUCAGUAGAGGACAAGAGUCAGUCAUCAGCAGCUACCGAUGUCACCAAAGAGCAAGACCAGAAACCGGUAGAGAGAAAAGAUUCUGCGGAAGAAAAAGCCCCAACAGUUGCAGAUGAGAAGCUGAGUAAGCCUGUGAGCGAGCCUGAUGGGGCACCUGCUCCGUCUGGUCAGCCGGUGGAGUCGUUCGUGACCCCAACCGUCACCGUAACCCUAGAAGAAGGCGGCAGGUCAGUGAGUGAGACCGAGCGACAAGCCAGCGGCGAAGGCUCGGCAUCGGAAACGGAGAUUGCGGACUACGAGAGGCAGAUCCGCAAACUGGAGAUGGAGGACAGACCCCUCAGCGUUGAGGAGGAGAGGGAACUUCAGGAGCUUAGGGAGAAGGUCAAACUGGUCCACCAGGAGGCCUACGAGGAGGUGGAUGCUGAAGAUGUGUACCAGCUGACUGGCGUGGCCAAGGACCGCAUCGCCAGGCCUGUCAAGACUUCACCUGCCUCGUCUGUGGAGAGCAACAUCGAUGAUGACAAGCUGCUCUCACCUGUGCUCUCACCUGCCAAACUUAAACAGAGGGAGAGUUACGGGUCUCCUAAAAGAGUGGCCUCACCGGUGCUCGGAGUAAGUAAAGAGGAGAAAGAGAAGGAGGAGAGAAAAGCGAAGGAGGCAAAGGACAAGGAAGAAGCAGAGAAGAAGAUGAAGGAAGAGAAAGAGAAGGAAGAGGCAGAAAGGAAAGCAAGGGAAGAGAAGGAAGAGGCAGAAAGGAAGAUGAGGGAAGAGAAAGAAGAGGAGGAGAAAGAGAAAAGAGAGCGGGAAGAGAAGGAAAAGUUGGAGAAGGAGAGGAAAGAGAAGGAGGAGAGAGAGAAGGCCGAGACCAAAGUGGAAAGUCCAAAGCCAAGCGAAGGUGUAGAAGACAGCGUGGAGGCAGUCAGUCAGCCGGAGGAGACAGCAGCCAUGAAGCCUGCCGAGGAAGGAGCUGAGGAACCUGCGAAGCCUGAGAAGGACUCCUCAAGUGCUAAGGAGGAGGAGGAGGAGGAGGAUAAUGAGGAAGGUGUGGUGGGAGGAGCUAGGGCACCGCCGGUCAAGGACAAGAUCCCCGAGACUCGCGCUGCCAUCGAGUCCGUGGUGACGGUUGAAGAUGAUUUCAUCACCGUGGUCCAGACCAUCGAUGAAGGAGAGGAGCCGGGCCACAGCGUUCGCUUCUCCGCCCCGCCUGAGGCCGAGGUCCUCGGAGUCCCCGCCCACAAGGACGAGGAGGAGGAGGAGGAGGAGGAAGAAGAGGAGGAGGAGUCUGUGGAGUUGGCCCAGGAAGCGGAGAUGGAGGGGGCCAGUAUGGAGGAGGUGUCCGAUGUCCAGGAGGCCCCAGAGACCCCAGCCUCCCCCGAGAAGGAGGCCCAGACCACAGAAACAGAGGGCCAGACUGAGAGCUACGACAGAGACGAAACCACCAUGGACGACUCGAUCCUGGACAGCUCCUGGGUUGACACUCAAGACGACGAUAAGAGCAUGGCCACAGAGCACAUCGAGCCUCUGCCCAAGGUGCUCAGCCCGGUCAAGAAGCCCGCCGUGGUCCAGGACAAGCAGCAGGCCAAGCCGGACAAACAGGACAAGCCGGUCAAGCCCAAAGCUAAAGGAGUCCGGGCAAAAGGGCGCAUCUCCACACCGGAACGCAAACCGGCCCGCAAAGAACCCGUCUACAUCCCCAGAGAGGAGGUCAAAAAGAAAAAAGCGGUGAUAAAGAAGACCGAGCUCACCAAGAAAGCCGAGGUUCAGACUCGCUCCCCGACUAGGAGGAGUGUGCUGAAACCCGCCGUCCGCCAGACCCGCCCCACCCAGCACCACUCCUGCCCCAGGAGGAGACCCACAGGCUUGGUACCGGACGGCCGUCAGCCCCUCAGCGUCGCCAGACAGUCCCGGGACAGAGCCUCGGACGGCGGCUCGCGGAGCCCUGAGAAGCGGUCCUCCCUGCCACGUCCCGCCUCCAUCCUGAGUCGCCGUGGUUACCAGGACCACGAGGAGAGCUCCACCUCCAUCACCAGCUCCGGCUCCACGGCUCCACGCAGACCCACAUCGUUUCGCACUGAGAUGAGGGCAGAGCAUAGGACAGGACGGGCCCCUAGUAUGACAGGUACGGAGUCGGUGCGCUCCCGCUCGGCCCGCAGCGGCCACUCCACCCCGCGCACGCCGGGCUCCACGGCCGUCACCCCCGGGACCCCGCCCAGCUACUCCUCCUCCUCGCGCACCCCGGGGACCCCGCGCUCCCUCAGCCUCAUCUCCCAGGAGAGGAAGGUGGCGGUGGUGCGCACCCCGCCCAAGUCGCCCGCCACCACGCCCAAGCAGCUCCGCAUCGUCAACCAGCCGCUGCCCGACUUCAAGAACGUCAAGUCCAAGAUCGGAUCCACGGACAACAUCAAGUACCAGCCCAAAGGAGGACAGAUUCAGAUUUUAAACAAGAAGCUGGACUUCAGUCACGUACAGUCAAAGUGUGGCUCCAAGGAUAAUCUGAAGCACUCUCCCCGUGGAGGCAAUGUUCUCAUCCCUAGCGUUAAGCUGGACUAUAGCCAUGUUCAGUCUAGGUGUGGCUCCCUGGACAGGCGGGGCUACUCGGCAGGAGGUGGAAAUGUGCAGAUCCAGAACAAGAAGAUCGACUUGAGUCACGUGACCUCCAAGUGCGGCUCGCUAGACAACAUCCGCCACCGGCCAGGGGGUGGUAACGUGCGUAUAGAGAGUGUGAAGCUGGACUUCAAAGACAAGGCCCAGGCCAAGGUGGGUUCACUUGAUAACGCCCAUCACACCCCGGGUGGAGGCCACGUCCUGAUCGAGAGCCACAAGCUGACGUUCCGCGACAACGCCAAGGCGCGAGUGGACCACGGGGCGGAGAUCAUCACCCAGUCGCCAGGCCUGUCUGGCUCUGUGUCGCCCCACCGCCACCGGGACAGCCACCUGUCGUCCUCCGGCAGCCUCAACAUGCUGGAGUCGCCACAGCUCGCCACGCUGGCCGAGGACGUCACCGCAGCCCUGGCCAAGCAGGGCUUGUGAACAAUGGAUCGGUGGAUCGGUGCACCUCAGAUGCCCUCCCGUCCUCUGGAAGCCACCUGGUCCCCCAUUCCCUUUACCUUGACCUGGUCCCCAUGAGUCCUGACCCUGUUCCCCCAACUUCUACACCCAAUCCUGCCACGCCGAGGCCAACCUGCUACCACAACCGCUCAGCCUCCAAAGGAACCGCCUGCUCUCACAUCCCCACUUCCAUCCCCACAUCCAUCAAACAAACACCAACUCUCAAACUAGAGACUCAAAAUUAGGAGCUACUUUACUUUGGUCAUCUCCCCCACCCCACCCCCACCCCCCGUCUAUCUCCAACCCAGAUCUGUGCUAUGUCCAACUCCUUUCUUUGGCCUCUCCUUUUGAAUAAUGGUGGAUAGAAUAGCUUCAGUGGUUUGUGCAAAGCUGUCUUCGGUAAGGACCAGGUACUGGCUUGGCUGGUCCUUGGAUCAGUGUUUGGAAGAAGCUACAGCAUUUUUUUUUUCUAUGCUAAGUAGGAAGUCAUGUGGCCAGCACACCAUGCAGCACGUGUUGUUUUUGCUCAGUAAAUGUGCAUGGACACCCGACCCCCUCCCGACCCCCUCCCCCACCCCCACUCAAAGAACCAAGCAUCCUUACUGCAAGUCAUGCUUGUCAUCCAAUAUAUAAUAUAUUUAACAAAUAUAUAUAGAAACGUGUAUAAAAAAAAAUACAAGUUCUUUGCCACCUACAUCUCUUCAAAUUGAUUUUAAAACGAAGCGACGACACGGCUAUAACUUAUACCUGUAAAAUUGCAUUAUUGCAAGUACUAGAUCAUGUUAUGACGAGCAUGUAUUGAUUCUAAUACAAAAAGAGGCUAUUUUGUAUUUUAAAAAAAAGGGAUUUUAGUAAGUUAUUUCCUGAUUCAUUGGAUAUGAAAAAAAAUGAAACAAGUUCAUGUUUUGUAGUUAUUAGUUGUUUACAGUGUUAUGCUUGGUGACGACCUCGGACAGCUGAUUCCUAAUCGAGUGCAUCUCAGUCUUGUUGAAGAGGUAUCAUUAACUUGUACUUUCUCAGUAGUUUCUCCAUAUACCAACCUGUUUAUACACCAGAUCAGUAUAAAAUGCCGGAGCAGUGUUUUCAUUCCAUGUAUCUCCAUUCACAAAAGAAACAGUUGAGGAUAUCUUUGUCUGUGGAGCUGCAGACGAUCAGCUCGCGUUAGAUGGUCUUUCUGAGAUGAACGGACGGUGCGGCCAUUCCUCCCCACACGCAGGCCGAGGUCACACUCAUUAGUACCGUUUGUUGCCUGAAACACAGAGGAAGACGCCACGAUCGAGCUACCUGAGAUUCAACAAAGGCUUCAGCUACACUGAAAUGUGUGUGAUGCGUUUGAGUGUGAGUGUGUGUGUGUGUGUGUGUGUGUGAGUGUGUGUCACAGAUCCCAUGCCAUUUUGAAAAAGGGACGCUACUGUAUCGGCGUGUUUGUGGCAAUAUUUCGGGGAAGAAAGUGGAAGAAAAACGUUUGAAAACAACACAAAAAAAAAUAUCCAUAAAAAUAAAAGACGUUUCAUAAAA